AUGGCCAAGUUUACACCUGAAGAGGUGGCGGCGUUGCAGCAGGGAGCAAACCAGGUGAGCGAUGGUGGUCACUGGGUGAGAGGUGGUCACUGGGUGAGAGGUGGUCACUGGGUGAGUGGUGGUCACUGCGUGAGAGGUGGUCACUGGGUGAGUGGUGGUCACUGCGUGAGAGGUGGUCACUGGGUGAGUGGUGGUCACUGGGUGAGUGGUGGUCACUGCGUGAGAGGUGGUCACUGCGUGAGAGGUGGUCACUGGGUGAGUGGUGGUCACUGCGUGAGAGGUGGUCACUGGGUGAGUGGUGGUCACUGGGUGAGUGGUGGUCACUGCGUGAGAGGUGGUCACUGCGUGAGAGGUGGUCACUGGGUGAGUGGUGGUCACUGGGUGAGUGGUGGUCACUGGGUGAGUGGUGGUCACUGGGUGAGAGGUGGUCACUGCGUGAGAGGUGGUCACUGGGUGAGAGGUGGUCACUGGGUGAGUGGUGGUCACUGCGUGAGAGGUGGUCACUGCGUGAGAGGUGGUCACUGGGUGAGUGGUGGUCACUGGGUGAGUGGUGGUCACUGGGUGAGUGGUGGUCACUGGGUGAGAGGUGGUCACUGCGUGAGAGGUGGUCACUGGGUGAGUGGUGGUCACUGGGUUGCUGGUGAGCAAUGCAGUGCUCUCUCCUGUGCUUCUUCCAUCCACCCCUCCCCCGCCUCCUCCCUUCGCUUUCUCACAGCGGGCGAGAGAGUACUUUCUCCCGGGGGCCGGCCGUGCCCCUCCCAACAGCAACUUGGCGGUCAGCUGCCCACCAUUCCCUCUCCCCUUCCCUCCUCCCGACAUAGCAGCACCCAUGCCUCCCUCUCCUUCUUCCUGCACAUCUCGCCUCUUUUCUUCUCUCACUCUCUCCCCACCUUUCUCCGCCCGCUCCCUCCCCAUCCCCUCCUCCCCCACCCACCCAUCCUUACCCUCCUCACCCAGAGCUCUCCCUCGCGCCGAACCCACUCUAUGGACGAGUUCCCCAUCGGGGCGAACCCACUCUAUGGACGGUUCUCCCUCCGCCUCCUUCCCCCAGCCCUCCGACCUCCAACGACGCAGCAGCGCGCGUGCCUCCCCUUCCCUUUUCCUGCACAUCGUGUCUUCUCCUUUCUCUCACUCUCACCGUUUUACACCCCUCCCUCCCCCGUUUCUUCCCUCUCAGAGCUCCCCCUCGGGGCGAACCCACUCUAUGGACGGCUCUCCCUCUGCCUCCUUCCCGCAGCCCUCCGACCUCCAACGCAGCAGCAGUGCGCGCGCCUACCUCUCCUUCUCCCCCACACUCCCACCUUCCCACCACCACAAGCAGCCGCAGCAGCCGCAGCAGCCGCAGCAGCAGCAGCAGCAGCAGCAGAACGCUCUACCACCACGCACCAGCGCCAGCACCAGCACUAG